UAACCGAAGAUCCCCGAGCAACCCGACAGUGUGAUAUGUAAACAAGGUCACACACUGCAGCAUACAGUAUAGCCCAAACUCAUUCCUGGACAGGCCAGCAGACUUCUGUGAGCUAGAGGAGGCCGAAGCACCUUUACCAGCCCUCUGAGAAAGGACUCCAGCACAGACCAGCCAAGAUGAUGCGGUGUUUCCACUUCGUGGUGGAACCGGCCAAGAAUAUAACGGCCAAGCUUAAGGAAUCUCACAAGAGGGCAAAGAAGGACAAGAAGGAGCCUCUGGAGGAGAAUCAGCUGUUUAUUGUGGAGCUGGCUAGAGAUCUUAAUCGAGUGUGCCAGAGGUCUGACAUCCUGCAGAACAUCUGGAACUUGGAUGACAUAUGGCCGACUCCUCUCUGCAGGGCCUUCAUCCUAGAGUGGGCCUCCAUGCUGGAGAGCAAGAAGAGGCCUAUGCAGACGGAUGGCUGGCCCGAGAUGGAUAAGAGCAAGCAGCAGCACCUGGCUGACGAGCAGGACAUGCAGCAGGCCAAGACAGUGAUCUUCAACUGGACCAAGGACCUGAGAGCCCAGCCUGAGCAAAGUGUUUGGCCUGGUGAACCUGUGGCAAAGGUUCUGGAUGACCUGCAGUCAGCCUGGCGAUGGGGCCGCAUGCCCAAUCUGCUGACUGCUAUGGAGCUGGUUAUGUGGACUUUAAUAUUACAGAGCCCAGACAAGGAUGCUUUACCCCAGCAGUGGCUUUUGUGGAAGCAGAGGACUCAGAAGAUAGGUGCUGCCCGCUACAUUCCUCAGACAGUAUGGGACUGGAUCUCUGAUGCUGCAGUGGAGGUGACCCUGGAUCUGGACACAGCCAACCCUGAUUUGCUCAUCUCCAAUGAUGAGAAGAGGAUGCGUUGUGGUUUUGAAAGGAAGGAUGUGCCUAACUACCACCAGCGCUUUGACGGCUGGUGGUGUGCUGUGGGAGUGGAGGGCUUCAGCUCCGGCCGCCACUACUGGGAGGUGGAGGUGGGGGAGCGGGACUGGCGGCUGGGUGUGGCCAAGGAGUCGGCCCUGAGGAAGGGCUUCAAGUCCCUGAACACCGACACGGGAUACCUGACCCUGCGGCUGGAGAGGGGCACCGAGCUGAAGGCCCUGACUGUGCCCUUCACCGCCCUGCCACCUGGCCUCAUCCCCCGCAAGGUGGGCGUCUACCUGGACUACGACCAGGGCCAGCUGUCCUUCUAUGAUGUGGAUACCCACUCCCACAUUUACACCUACAAUGAGCGCUUCACUGAGAAGCUGUUCCCCUUGUUUGGCACAGUGGAGAUCAUCAAGGAUCUGGUAAUCAGGUCCCCCGCAGUGAAGACCCACUGCCUCUGCCCCACGUCCUGCUUUUGGGGAUGAGUCUCCCUCCUCAUCCCCUUCCUUGUGAUUCCUCUAUCUCGCUACACCAGUAGACAUCAAUGUAUACAAAAAACGAGUCCAUGUAAUCACUGAGAGUAAUCAGAGAGAGAUCCGUGACUAUAAAAAUCACCAUCAUUGUGCUAUUGAAUAGCUACUCUAUGUGACCAUUCUCAAUGCUGCUGAUUCAGUGUGAUUGUUUCUGCCUCUGUUUCUCUAGAGUCAUAGUGCUUCUCUUUGCUCACUCACAUACUGUAUUUUCAUAUAUUUGAAAGAACACUAUAGUAUUCAUGUAAUGUACUGUGCAAUAUUAAUCCUGCAGUAAGAAUGCACUUUAAGUGAAUAAUGAAUAAACCAAACCCAUGUCUUA